AUGGCGUUUAGUGAAUGUAAAGCACGUGCAAUAUAUGAAUUUGUUGCUGAAACUCCAGCUGAACUUAGUUUUACUGCAAAUGAGAUUCUUAUAGUAACUUCAACGUCAGCUGAAGAUCCAUGGUGGUCCGCCCGAAAUUCCUCUGGACAAACAGGCUCAAUUCCUUCAAAUUAUGUAGAAAUAAUCUAUGAUGAAGAAGAAUCGAAACAACAAACAUCAACAUUUCAAGAUAUAAAUUUUAAUUAUACUCCAAUCGAUAAUGCUAAUACUUACCUUCAACCAACAUCAGAAGUAACUUAUCAACCACAAAUGCAACAAGAACAAAUACAAAAUACAAAUCUUACUUCAAUUAAUGAUUGGACAACAGAACCAACUUCGCAAGUAUAUGAAGAACCAGUCCAGUCAAAUAAUCAAGUAAUAAAUACAGAUACUUCUUUCAAUUCAUUAGUAUCAGCAACAACAAACGAUAAUACAUCUAAUCUUAUACCUGUAAUAUCUGUACCAUCUGAUCCAUACAUAGCAGUUACAGACAUUCCAAUAAUGCGAGAUUCAUCUCUGCUAACAUCUAGAAAUUCUGUACAACAAAAUGUUGCAAUGUCCUAUCAACACGAUUCAUGGUAUUUUGAUUCUACAAAUGCAUCCACGCCGAUUUUAUCAACAAAUUCUUCAAUACAACACGAUUUAACACCUUCAUUUGGAUAUUCACAAACAACAGUCGCAGAAACAAAACACGAACAACAAGUUUCGACAUUUGAUGAUUUUAUGUUUUCAUCACAAGAACCACAGUAUGCCGUUGCUUAUAAUAUGCCAUCACAAGUAUCACAGUCUGCUGUUACUAAUAAUGCUCCAUCACAACUAAUGAGUUCAUAUCAACCUGAAACGAUGAUGCCACAAACAAUGCACAAUAAAUCGUCAGUGCCAAUAGAGAAUAGUAAUUUGAGUAAAUAUCCUACAACUAAAACACUAUCAGAAUCAAAAUCUGAAGAAGCUGCAACAUCAGCACCACCUACAACCAAUACAAAAAAGAAAUUUUUUACAUUGAGACGUGAAAAACCAAAACGUGAACGGGAAAAAGGACAUUCAUUAAGUGAAACAUCAUUAGAAUCAUCUUUACGACAAGGAAACGAUGAAACUAAUUCACUUAGUUCCAAUGCUUCAGGAUCAACACUUCACAAUACGUUACUAAAUCCGAGCAAAGCACCUAUUGGAGAAGGUGAUGCUAAAGGAUCAGCUCCACGAGCUAGAUUUUUUGAUAAACAUGGUAUAGACAAUUAUUUAUUGCAUGGAUGUAAAGUAAAAUCAGACGAACAUGUUCAAAUAGGUUAUGAUGAAAAAGAAGGUGGUGUUUAUUGGAUAUACAAUCCUACUAUGCCACCAUUUACAUGUAAAGUUGAAGAUCCAGAAAAAGGAACAAAAUUAGGUGGAUUCAAAACUUUUAUGGAAUAUAAAAUUCAUACACAAAUAUCUGGCAGUCGGGUUGUUGGUCGACGUUAUAAACAAUUCGAUUGGCUACAUGAACAACUUGUUAAUAAAUUUCGUUUUAUUUGUAUUCCACCAUUACCUGAAAAACAAAUAGCUGGACGAUUUGACCAAGAAUUUGUUGAAGAACGUCGUCGACAACUUGAAUUAUGGCUUAAUCGUGUUUGUCGUCAUCCAGUACUUUGUGCUUCAUUUCCUGUACAACAUUUUGUAACAUGUGAACUUACAGAUGGAAAUAAUAAAGAUUGGAAAGCAGGAAAACGAAGAAGUGAAAAAGAUGAAUUACGUGAAGCAUCAUGGCUUCAGUGUGUUUCAUUUACAAAUUCAAAUUUAUCAGAUGCAGACAUUGUAUCAUAUAUUGAUGCAUUUACUCAACAACAACCAAAUCUUGAAAUGCAACUAAAAAAUCUUACUCAAGGUUUAGUAAAAUAUCUUGAAAGACAUACUGAAAUCUAUGAACGUGAUAUUCAACGUAUCGGUGAACUUUUUGCUAAAUUUCAAAAAGUUCUACAACUUGAUACAACUACAUUUGGUAGUAAUAAAGAACUUUCCGAUUCAACAUGGAAAAUUAGUACUUCAUAUAAUUCAAUAGCAGAAUUAUAUAAAACGAAAGCUUGUGAAGGUAUUCGAGAUUUUAAUGAACGUGCUCAAGAAUAUAUUGGUCUUUUGGCUUGUUUUCCAUUGAUAUUAAGUAUUCAACGAUGUGGAUCAGAUUUUAUACGAAACAUACAACAACGUGGUCCGUCAACAGUAUCAGAUUUUAACAGUGUAAUAAAUCGUGCUCAAGUUCUUAAUCAUGUUGUUUUAGCUGAAAUAAACUUUUUUCAAAAAGAAAAAGUUAAAGAUUUGAAUUUAUAUAUGAAAACACUUAUGAAUGAACAAAUUCUAUUUUAUGAACAAAUUACAUCAGAAUUACGUGAUGCAGCAAUGACAUUUAAUUAA